AUGGCCGCAGGACUGAUUAGUGGUGGUCCCGUAGCGUUGGUUUAUGGCUUCAUAUUGGCAUAUUCAGGAACCAUUGCUAUGGCCUUGUCGUUGUCCGAGGCUGCUUCAAUGAUCCCGUCUGCAGGCGGACAAUAUCAUUACGUCGCCGAGCUCUCCCCCUCCUCGAUCGCCCGUCCUCUGAGUUGGGCUGCGGGCUGGGUGACCAUGUUCGGAUGGCAAUCGGUCGCUGCCAGCGCUCCGUUUCUCGCCGGGACCAUGAUCCAGGGGUUGAUUGUGCUCAACGAACCUUCAUACAUCUACAAGCGCUGGCAUGGAACCCUCCUCUACUGGGCCGUCCUUGUCCUUUCCCUGGCAGUCAACGUCCUGGGCAUUCGGAUCCUCCCACACGUGGAAAACGCGUCCAUGCACACGACGUUGUCCAAUACCUUCCGGCUCGGAUUCCUUCUCACAACAUCUCCCGUGAAAUGCGACGAAACCAAGCCGUCCUGCCGACAGUGUGCUCUCAAGAGUUUAGAAUGUCCGGGAUACGCUCCUCGGUGGAAGUGGUCGACCAAACAUGAACGGCGGUCCGGCCUCCAGAUUCGACGUGCUCCUGUUUCCAAGAAGGCGAGGGCCAAGCCAUCCGCAUCCGGUUCAGAAGAUAUUACUCCAGAAGUAGAUCAGCAAGAGAGUGUAGGGACGGAUUGGGUCGACCAUCUCCAGCAUGUAGAGUCCAUCACGGAGGACCUGGAUACUGGCGAUGCCGUCGUCGGUGCUGAGGCAGAGCGAGCGUUGUUGAACGAAGAUUGGGAUAAUGUUACUUUCCAGGCGUCCACUUCUCGAAGCCAUUGUAUCACAACACCUGGACAGCCCUGCUUCGCCCUGGCCCAGUGGUCAUGGCAACCUUCAGACACCAUCCUCAGCAACGUCCAGGUUCAGGUGGAUUUCUUCUCUCAGCAGGUAUGCAAGGCCUUGACAGCGAUCGACUCGAUGAACAACCCAUUCAGGAGGGUGGCCUUGUCGCGGACAAAGGACUCUCUUCUGUUUUUCUCCUUGUGUCGCUACCUCACUGCGGCUUUCCUGAACUCGAGUGCGUCGGACGCCACCAGUGCUUCGGUCGUGCAGAACGCCCAGACCGAAACGUUGCAACGACUGCACAGUGCCGUGGCCCAGCUAGACAUGCUGACGCGAACAAAGGUCGAGGACAUCUUGAUGGCCAUCAUCAUGUUCGGGCUCCGCAUCUACGAGGCUCGCAGGACACUCCUGAAGCGUCUCCAAUCGAUCCGCGAGAUCUUGCCGUACAGUUUGCUCGAGCUCGUGCAAGAGCUCGUGCUCAAAACGUGGGACGCCGGUGACAAGGAUAACCCCGAAGUCUUCUGGAUCGAUGUCAUGAUUGAAAAUGAAUCGAAGUUCCUGCUAGUAUGA